GCGAUUUACACGCAAAGCAAUCUCGAUUUUCGAUCUCGAUUAGCUUGAUCUCGCGAAAAUCGCAUGCAUUCCUUCUCGUUGCUUCAAAAAUGAGAUGCACACGAAAGCGAGAGAUAUGCUGUCAUCUCUCGCGCAUGCGAACAUGUGUAUUAAGAUGCGAUAAACGCCAAUCGCCUCCUAUAACCUGUAAUCUAUUCAUUAAUAAACGGGGCAGCCCCUCUCAGUUUUUCUUUACUACUUAUUACAUACUUUGUGGCACUAAAUGUGUGAUUGUCAUUAACGACAUGGAUAGUCAGGUAUGUGGAGAUGGCAGGCUGAUAGACAUAAUCGAUGAGAGCUGGCGCAAGGAACGCUUACCUAUCGACGACAUCUCAACACCAGUGGCUGAAUUGCCGGAUCCUGAGAGUGAUAACGGAGAUUCUCACAUGACAUUGAAGGAGUUGGAGCAAAAGUGGAACAAUCUAGCUUUGAGUUCUCUCAGUGACAAUCAUCUGCAUUCCCCGACACCUUUGCACAAUUGA